AUGGUUCCAGAUGGAUUCUUGUCCUUUGAGGAUGUGGCUGUGACAUUCACCCUGGAAGAGUGGCAGGACCUGGAUGAUGCUCAGAGGACCUUGUACAGGGAUGUGAUGCUGGAGACCUACAGCAACCUGUUAUCACUGGGUGAGCAACAGCCACAAUCUCCAGAGAAUGAACAGCUGGAUUGGGAGGAGCCAGGAGAGCCAACCGGACAUAUACAUCAAGGUGUCAUCACCAAUGUCGACAUUUCACCUGAAGACAGAGUUAAACUAGGAAAGACACUGAAGUUGAAUUCAGUCUGUAUUUCACACCUGGUUGUGAAUGAAAGGGGAUAUUCAGGAACAAAGUCUGAGAAGCAAAAUGGGUGCCAGGGCACGCUUCCUCCUGGUCAUGCUGAGGAGCUGUUUCCUGGAGAGAAAGCUGAUGCUCAGAAUCUAAGUGGGAAACCCCUCAGAGGUCAUGAACAGUGUGGGAAAACCUCCCAAAAGGCCUCCCUUACCAUGCCCAAAAGAACUCGCACAAGGGACAAGCGCUACAAAUGUGAAGAAUGUGGGAAAGCUUUUUUUCAGAAGUCACGCCUCGAUAUCCAUCAAAGAACUCACACAGGGGAAAAACCUUAUGAGUGUGAAGAAUGUGGCAAAGCUUUUACUCAGAAGUCAUACCUCAUUGUCCAUCAGAGAACUCACACAGGAGAAAAGCCCUAUGAAUGUAAUGAAUGCGGACGAUCCUUUAGUGACAGGUCGUCCCUGUGCAAGCAUCAGAGAAUUCAUUCAGGUAAGAAACCCUAUGAAUGUAAUGAUUGUAAGAAAAGGUUUCAUUGUAAGAGUACGCUCAUUAAACAUGCAAGAACUCACACAUGGGAAAAGCCUUAUGAAUGUGAAGCAUGUGGGAAAGAGUUUACUCGGAAGUCAUCGCUCAGUAUCCAUCAGAGAACUCACACAAGGGACAAUCGCUACAAGUGUGAGGAAUGUGGCAAAGCUUUUCUUCGGAAGUCACGCCUCAUUGUCCACCAGAGAACUCACACAGGGGAAAAGCCUUAUGAGUGUGAAGAAUGUGGCAAAGCUUUUUUUUUCGGAAGUAUUAGCGACCUCACUAAACAUGCAAGAACUCACACAGGGGAAAAGCCUUACGAAUGUGAAGAAUGUGGGAAAGCUUUUACUCAGAAGUCAUACCUCAAUAUCCAUCAGAGAAUUCACACAGGGGAAAAACCCUAUGAAUGUAAUGAAUGUAAUGAAUGCGGGCGAACCUUUAUUGACAAGUCGUACCUCUGCAAGCAUCAGAGAAUCCACACAGUUGAGAAACCCUAUGAAUGUAGGGAUUGUAGGAAAACUUUCCGUCAACGGGCAUCCCUCAUUGAACAUGAAAGAGUUCACACAGGGGAAAAGCCUUACGAAUGUGAAGAAUGUGGGAAAGCUUUUAGUAGGACAUCAAACCUCAUUGAUCAUGUAAGAACUCACACAGGGGAAAAGCCCUAUGAAGGUGAUAUAUGUGGGAAAGCUUUUAGUGAGAAGUCAAUGCAGACUAAUCAUAAAAGAAUUGACAUAGGGGAAAAGCCCUAUGAAGGUGCAGCAUGUAGGAAAGCUUUUGUUCAAAAGACAUCCCUUAGAGUCCAUCAGAGGAUCCACACGGGAGAAAAACCCUACGUGUGA